AUGAUUGUCGAGGAGGCUGAGGGGCGAUACAUCACCAACUCCAAGAUGCUACUUCAGUUCAAGAAGAUUGUAGAGACCAUGUACCAAGGCUACCAUAUCCUAGACAUCAUCAAGCAUAGGACCCUUUGCAGCUCAAGACCCGAAGAGGAGGUUAGCAACUCCAAUACUCUGUCAACCCGUACAUGUUAUGUUGAUCCUUUUCAUACUUCACAAAGCUAUACCAUUAGACAUGAUCAGCUGCAAAGCACAUUGGACAGUUUAGAAACAAUUGUUUCCAGUAUGACAGAGUUUGUCAUUCUUCUUGGUGGUUGCGAACGGAUGUCUCCUAAGCCCUAUGACACAUAUCUUUACUUUGAUAACUUCAUGUAUGGCCGGCAAGUGGAGAAGCAGCAAGUCAUCAGUAUCUUACUGCAAGAAAAUAUUCCACAUUUUGCUCCAACUGUUCUCCCCCGAUCAUUGGCCCUAGUAGAUGAAAACAAUAGGGAAAUGGAGUGUGAAACUUUCACUGAAAGGAGGGAUUUGUUUGUGAUUGAGUUCACAGCAGAUAUAGAUGAUGAGAAUUGGAAGAAGUUUUAUGUGUCAUGCACACAUAUGGGAAGAGGAAGCAAGAUCAUAAUUAUCAGUAGGACUGAGAGGAUAUCAAGGUUUGGAACAGUAAGGCCAAUUCAUCUUAACAGUUUGCCACUUGAGGAGUAUAGCUACCUCUUCAAGGUUCUCGCAUUCGGAAGCACUAACCCAAAGGAGCAUCCGCAGUUGUUAUCCAGCAAAUGA